AUGGCCACCAUCAGCAACCGCCCCCUCUCUAGCUUCAACUGGGCGGACGACGACGACGACGAGUGGGACUUCGACCAGUACAUGGCGGCCACCGCCGACCUCGCCCCCCCAACGCUCGAAGAACUCGGGCCUCUCCAGCGCCCGUUACAGCAUGAAGACCUCGAACCACCGCUCCUCCUUGCUGCAGAGCCCGCUGACGCCGUUGCGCCCUCGUUGCCGCUCGAUGCCCGGCCGCCGCCUGCCUUCAAGCUCCCAGGCUCCCACGCCGCCUACUUCUCGCCGCACCCGGCGGACUGGCCGACGGGCGAGGAGCAGCCAUCCGCGCACUGGCGCCGCUACGACGCCAUGGUCAACGAAGUACCAGGCCCGCCUGCGUACAAGGAGAUGAGCGUGUAUGAGGACGGCGUGGUGAUGGAGCGCAAACGGGUGAAUUACUAUGCCAAUUGGCGGGAUAUGAAGGUGCAGUGUGGGAAGACGACGGCGUGCGAGACGAUGCUGCUUAAGAGUUCCUCGUUGAAGAAGGAAGUGCGGUUUCAGGAUGAUCAGGAUGGGGAAGAUGAUGGAGAGAAGGAGGAUACGCCGCUGCUUACGAGGAGGAAUACUGAGGAAGAUUUGGGGGAUUUGGUGAUGACGCCGCCGGAUUCGCCGAUUGUGGGGGGUGUUAAGGAGGAUGUGGGGUCUGUUGCUGAAAUCGCCGCUCUUAUCGAUCAGCCCUCAACCGUUUCGGAUGAUGCGAUCAGUACCGAUGUUGCUGUGGACGAGGACACAGAUCGCUCUGAAGCCGCAGAUGACUCCCUUGACUCUUUAUCACUUGGUCCCUCCUCGCGGCCGACCACCCCGAACUCGGAAGCAGGCGACAACAACGUCUUCGACAAAGCAUUUGAAUGUGCGAGCAUCGUUGGCAUCUCAGCAGCAUCUACCUUCGCAACCCGCACAUACACCCUCCAAUUCACGCCUAGUGCUGGCUCCACCUCCGAAGACGACGCGGAUAUCGACGUCACGUUCCUUGAACCGGACGAUCGAGCCUCCUCCUUGGAAUUGGUCCACACGCCUGCGACCCCGACUGUGGAAACAGAGUCUUUUAACACAUCGCCGGCUUCUACUCGAUUGGCAUCGUAUCUUCCUGGGAAGAUGGCCCUGGACUGGUGGCCGAUAUCCGUCUCGCCUUGGAAGGCUACUGGUUUCAUCGCUACCGCUGCUAUUAUCGGCGCUGUAGUUGCUCGUCGCCGUUGA